AUGGAGGAGUCAAUAGAAGACCUUCUAACACGGUGGGGAAUGCCCGCCGACGUUGUCGUGACAUUCAAAAGAAAAAUCAUCACUCUUUUUCCUAAAGAGUCUGCUGCAACGUAUUUCACUCGUCCUAUUAGAAAGAGAGAUUCUUAUAAUGGCAAAUCAGUUGCUGCUCGUGGAAAGCUAGUGGACAAAGUUCGUAACUACUUGUUUCAAUCAGGAGAAUGUAAGCGCAAAUACCUGAACACAACUGAAAGCUCAAAGGUUAAACUUUCAGAAGCUGAAGUUGCUAAGAGUGGUGGUGGUGGGGCAGCUAGUAACAGUGGUGGUGAUGAUGGUGGUGGCAUUUCAGUUGAAGAAGAUGUUAAUUGGCUUAAGAAUAACAAUGAGCCAUGGAGCGAAGUAAUAUUAAAAUGGAAUAAAACUAGUCAGUAUCGCCAUGGAAAAGAUUAUGAAAGUAUAACAACAUUUAUGAAUGAAUGGCAAUUGUUAUAUUUGCCCAAAGCAAUUGAACUUAUUGAUGAAGAUUUUAAAAAUUUAUAUCCAGGAAAAGAAAAGGAAUUCGAAAAUAAGUGGCAAAAGUUUUUUUAUAAACUGAUAGAAUUAAAAAAAUCAGAAAUAAGAACUGAUGAUUGUAAAGAAAAAUUAUUAACUUCACUAUCUUCUAUGACAGAUGAUGAGCAUAAAAUUCCAUCGCAACUAAGUUUGAUGAUUCAUUUGGUGCCCCCUAAAGGCAGGAGCAGUCAAAAAAAGAAGUUUUCUAUUCAAGAAUGUAUGGAUAGUCUUAUAAUAAUAGUAGAAAAUCCUGGAGAUCUCACAAAAACCAUAGAAGAUCAAAAAAUAAAAGCAAAAAAGUUCCCUGUUCAACCAUAUAUAAUAUUAUUAGGCAGCCUACAGGACGUCAAGCAAUUGUACUUAGUGAUAAAUGAAAUUAGUAUUAGUGUAACAGAAGAACACAUAGGCCAAGCAAACAUAGAUGAUAAUAGACAGCACCGUAAUCAAAGCCGUGAAAUUGAUGAUAUAGAACUAGUUCGAAAUUCUGAGACUCGUAGCAAUACGUUUAAAGACAUAUUGAGAACAUACAUAGACUCAUUUGUAUCAAAGCUGUACGACACACUUAAUAUGUCAAGAGCACAUACACAGGAAGUAAUAAUUGCUGCUAAGCAACUAUUAACUGAUGUUUUUUUAAAAUUAAAGGAAUUAAACAUUGAGGGUCCUUUUGAUAGUACUGUAACUGACGAUGUGAUGUCAUGUUUUUCACAUAUAGAUAGUGAAUAUAAAAGAUUGAAGUAUUUCAAGGAUUGUAAUAAAUACGUGAAACCUACUUUAGCUUUCAUUGGCUCUACGCAAGAAAAGUCUAAAAAAAACGUUGACACUGUGAUGACAUUAAAAGAAAAUUUUGUCUGUAUGAUAUCAUUAAAACAAAAUCUUAAGUUAUUUUUAGAAAUUCCUGAAGUUUAUGAUAAAAUACGAGCUUAUCAAAUCAAACUUUUUGAAGAAAAAGAUAUUCUUAGAAACGUAGUGCAGGGUAAGCUUUGGCGACACAGACAUACAAACAAUAGCGAUCCUUAUAUUCCUCUUGUUCUCUUCUUUGAUGAUUUGGAAACUGGAAAUCCACUUGGAAGUCGGGCUGGAUACAAUAAAAUUGGUGCAGUGUAUGUAUCUAUAGCUUCCAUCCCCCCGGAAUACGCUAGUCGUCUAGAGAACGUGUUUUUAGCUAUGUUGUUUUACAGCAACCAUCGUACAAAAUUUGGCAAUGAAAGUGUCUUUGAUUCACUAAUUAAGGAAUUAAACUAUUUACAUGAUUACGGUGUUGACAUUAUAUUAAAUAGUCGUCAAAUAAAAGUUAAAUUUGCACUCUGUGUUAUAGCCGGAGAUAACUUAGGUCUUCACAGUAUUUUAGGGUUCAACGAAAGCUUUUCGUCUACUAAUUAUUGUAGAUUUUGCUAUAGCACUAAACGAGAAUGUCAAUCUCAAAUAUUUUGCGAUGAAAGUAGAAAGCGAUCCAAGAAUCAGUAUGACGAUGAUGUUUUACAAAAUUGCGGAAUAAAAGAGACAUGUGUUUGGAACAAUAUUUCCGGAUUCCAUGUAUACGACAACGUAUAUUGUGACGUAAUGCACGAUUUGUGUGAAGGUGUCCUUCGAUAUGGUAUGGCGCUCAUAAUAAACGACUUAAUUAGAUCCGAACAUUUUACUUUGGAGCAGCUAAAUGAAAGAAUUAAGUAUUUUGAUUUCAAAUCAAGUAAUAGUCCACCACAGGUGAACAAAAAUAAAUUAGAGCAAGGUGUCUUAAUCGUUUCUGCAUCUGAAAUGUUAUGUCUCGUCAGGAAUUUUCAGUUCCUAGUUGCAGAUUUGGUGCCCUAUGACGAUAAAGUUUGGGAUUAUUAUUUAUGUUUGCUUGAAUUGACCAAUGUUCUUAUGUCACAAGUUUAUAGUGAAGAACUACUGGAUUAUUUAAAAAUUCUAAUAUCUGAACACCACGAAAAUAACUUAAAGGUGGUAAGGGGUUGGCUAACCUGGGCACCCUACUCCACUUUGCGCGGCAGCGGUCAGAAGGCGGAGCUUAUCGGCAAACUCGCGUCGAAGCUGACUUCACUGUCAAUUCGAGAGCUGCGAAGAGUACGCUCGCGUCUAUUACGUGGUGUGUUUAUAGUGAAGUGGAAUUGUGUAGUGAGAUUAUCGAAUGUCGUGGAGGUGAAUGUACGUGUUGUUUUUAUCAAAUAGUGUUACCUAUGUGUCUAAAACAAUGUCUAUUUUUUAAUAUUGUGAUAAAAUCAAAAUGUGUGAAGCACCGCUGUGUGCAAAAUUAAUAUUUGCCACGUAGUGUCGCGAACGGGUAAUGAUUCCUAAUGUGGAGUUCGAAGCAAGAUGGUUAGAGAGACUCGGCAUCUGUGGGUUGGCAAUUUACCCGAUAACAUUCGUGAAGACCGAAUAAGGGAGCACUUCAAACGGUAAUAAUAUUUAUUCUUCCUAUAGUUUUUUUACCGAAUUUAUCUCCAUGAUAAAUGUUUUGGUACGAUGUUCAUUGUCUACAUUAAAUUCCUAGUGAAAUAUUUUUGAAUGUAAUAGACUCUUUUUGAGUUAGUUACCGCAAAUAUUUUGAUUUGGAGUGUUUUUUUUUUUCAUUGUUGAUAGAAUUACCAUUCAAUUUUGAAUUACAUUGAAUUGUUCAUGAUUAAUAUGGAAAUUAACUAAUUUCGUAUAAACAAGUCUAAAAUAUAUAUGAAUUUUGCUCUAUUGAGAUUUAUUUAGUUAAGUAAUUAUAAAUGUUUUAUCCUUUUCUAUCACAGACGACGUAGGUAUGUAACAUUAACUGUAUGGACUUGAGAUCUUUCUUUAUUACUUUGUUCGUGGGCCUUCGUACGAUUCCGGUGUAUAUGUAUAAUGACGCCCACAUAAGUUUUUGAUAGAAACUAACCCAUUUUUUAAUAUUUACUAAUUUUAAAUGAGGUAUAUUUAUUUUAAAUAUUUUUUGAGACGAUAAAUAUUAAUUAAUAUUAAGAAUCAAUUCUGAUAGGCACUCCUGUUGUUUGGGGUCAUCACUGGCUUUUUGGCAACAUUAUUUUGCGUUAUAUAUGUUCGAAUGAUCGUUAAUCAGAUGUGUUUCACCCAUUGGAUUUUUAAUAGAUUUUUAAAAUAAGUAAUGCGACUUCAACAAAAAGACAUUUUCCAUUUGACCUGUAUAUAUGUAAUUUCGUUGGAAGGCAUAAUAUUAAUACAUGUUGGUCCAUAUGGGCUUCUAAAUACGUGUGCUAAAUUUUACAGUGUAUAUGUUACUGUAACAGUUCUAAGUAUGGUAAAACUUAAGAUUUUCCUAUAAAACCAAAACAAAAAAAUUCAAAACUGUUUUGUGAUUCUUGAUCGUAUGGAAAUUUUGCCAUCAUACACCUUGUAUAUAUUAGGCUUUUCCUCAGGGACAAGGUAAGUCUAAGUAUAUAACACUGGUAGAAAUUCAGAAGCCAAAAUUCUCUUUAUUCAAAAUAGUAGCAAUAAUACAAUACACACAAAAAAAAAUUGUAUAGUCCAAAUUAUUCUAUUUUUUUAUCUUCUCAGGUUCCUUUAACUGUGAAGUAAAACAGGUGCAAGAAACUUCAAAACAUUUUAUAAAGAGUAACAGCAUUUGCAAUUAAUAAUGACGUGAAAAUGUCAACAACUAUUUAGAAACAUGUAAUUUAUACAUAGUAUGAAACAAAGUGGCUGCCUGCUGUCUGUAUUUUUUAGCUUCAAAACAUUUUAUAUAUUAUGAUUAUGAGAAGGUAUUUUAGGUUUAUAUUUUUAUCAAUAUUCAAAAUACUUUUAAGGUGGUUUUGAAAUGAUGUUUCACAUGUUACCAGGGUUCAUAAUUAUCAAGCUAAUUAUUUUGUUGGAUAAUUAUUGGAUAAAUUUCUGAUAACUAUUAUAGUUAUAGUUACUGGCAACAUUUUUUUUAUACAGAAGGCAUUCAUAAUUGUAUAAACUUUUAUACGAAUAAGCCUGUAAACACUGACUACUAGUGAGAGGUCAGCUUCUGGGUAUUUUACUCUACUCAAAGCCUUGCUUAACAUUAAUUCUCAUAAGGAUGAUACAGAGCAUUCUUUUAAUUUUUUUAAAUAAAAGUUUUCAGAAUAUCACUAUCCUAAUUAAACCAGCAGAGUCAGUGAUUGAUUACAUUGAAAAAUGUUUUUCAUAUGGGAAUUAGCAAUUUUAGAUUUGGUGCAUCUUUAGGAUUGUUUUGGUGACAAAAAUUAUAUUUUCCAUAAUUUAUAGGGCAGUCUUAUUUAUUUUGUUGUUGCUGUAGAAAAAGUAAUUACCUAUUAGCAUUUGGUAUAUUUGUGGUACUUCAUUAGUAACAUGCAGGGUUAGAUUGAUAAUUAUCACAAUAAUCGUCUAUAUAAUUACAAAACACAACACAAAAUCUUUUUGGACAUUAGGACUUGUUAUUAAAGAAGAAUCAUCUUUAUACAACUGUAAUAUGGUUUAUCUGGUAGAGAAUAUCUAUUAGGAUGGACCUACAAAUACAAAAAAAAACAAAAUGAUAUAAAAGCCCUCCUUUUAAUUUUUUUUAAAUAUUUUCAUUUUACUUUCUGUUCAAUGUGAUUUCACAAUUUUGUUUUUUUUUUGUUUUUUUUUAGUUUGUAUAAUUUAAAACUACAAAAAUAUAAGUUUAUUCAAGUAUGAAAGCCUAGUAUUGAAAAAAUUUUUGCCAGUAACUAUUUUUUUUUUUUUUUUGAUUUAUUUAUGAACCACAAACAAGUUUACAAUAAACUUAAUGCUAAAAGUUACAUAAAUUAGGACUUAUUGUACUUAUUGUAAACUCAAUAUCGUUGGUUACAUUUAAAUACAAGUAUUCUAGUGCAAACUGAAGAUGCAGAUUCUUUGCAAGACUCAUACAACUUAUGUUUAAAUUACAAUUAAAACUAUUUAUAUAGAACCAAAUCAUAUUGAAAAAUACCAUUCUAUUACAUCCAUGUACAGUGAAACAGAGAUUUGUGCAUAUUUAUGUAUGUCUUUUCUUUAAUUGAGUGCAUGUUUGUGUGCGCAUAUAUGAUCUCUAGUAUAGGCAUGUGUGUGAAUGUGUGUAUGUGUGUGUGUGUGUGUAUGCGAGUGUGUAUAUUCGAGACUGUCAGCAAAUGC